CGCUCCUUUGCCCUAGUACCCACAGCUUUUUUCACCAUAAGCGAGGGUUGCAACUCAGUCUUCUAUCUUCUACACCCGAUCAUCGAAUUCAACGAGCAUACGGCAACUGCCCGGUAGAAGUUGCCCAUCAUGUCGCUCGUCUCGGGAGAGAAGUCGAACUUCCAGUUCAUUCUCCGUCUUCUCAACACCAAUGUUGACGGAAAGCAAAAGGUUAUGUACGCCUUGACCAAGAUCAAGGGUGUCGGUCGCCGAUACUCCAACUUGGUCUGCAAGAAGGCCGAUGUCGAUCUGAACAAGCGCGCCGGUGAGCUCACCUCUGAAGAGCUCGAGCGAAUCGUCACUAUCCUCCAAAACCCUACCCAGUACAAGAUCCCCACGUGGUUCAUCAACCGACAGCGCGAUAUCGUCGAUGGCAAGGACUCUCACAUUCUUGCCAACGGUGUCGACUCCAAGCUCCGUGAGGAUCUCGAGCGCCUCAAGAAGAUCCGCGCCCACCGUGGUCUCCGACACUACUGGGGUCUCCGUGUCCGCGGUCAGCACACCAAGACCACUGGUCGCCGUGGCAGGACCGUCGGUGUCUCCAAGAAGAAGGGUGGUUAAACUUUUUAUGGGUGUUGGUUAUGGGUGGACAGGCGUGACGGCUGGUUUCUCCAUCUUUCUGAGCAUUUUGAGAGGUUUGCUUUCUGGCAUAUGCAGCCAAAGCAAGGGCUGUACUCUAGAUCAGAGUCACGAAUCAAAAGUAUUCAAGUAAAGAUGUUCAAUGAGGGAGCAGGAAGUGUCCAUGCUACAAGCACGUGAAGUUUAUGGCUCUACGAAGUCAACGACAGGGUAAACUGGGGUCAACAUGGGUAUCGCUACGGAAAGGAAAAGAUACUGGAUGAUUCUAGGCAAGGGUAUCAUGAUUUCUCUUUUGACUGCUUAAGUGUGUUUGUUACUUAAUCCUCGUGCGUGACAGCCAUAUCCAAAACCUCAACUCUUCCCUGUCCCUUGGUCUCAUUGCCAAUAAAGUCAGAUAGGGGCUUAAAGGCCCCAGGUUCUACAAAGCCUACCACUUCCCAUUCCGAACCAACGACAUCUUGACUCUCGACUUGCUCAACGUAACUGAGAAUCUUGUCCUUGACUGUGCCCACGGCCUUUUGCUCGCCGUCUUCUUCCUUGUUGGCCCCCUUUGCUCCUUUCACAGCUUGUUUGAGGACGUUGGUGGUACAGGCGAUACGAAGCCUCAUGCGUGCCCUCGCUACUGGGAUGGGCUGAUGAGCGAUGAGAGCUUUCAUAGCUUCAAGAGCCUGGCUCUUUGCGCUCUUGGUCGUGCUAACGCCCGUCCAGUUGUGCUGGGCCCUGGGCUUAGCUUCGCCCGCUUCUCCAGUCGCAGGUGUUCCAGUAGCACUUCCGGCAGCGCUCUUGUCGGGUGUCGCGGUGUGAGCCUGUGAGCUGAGCAUGUCAAGAGCCUUCUCGAUCAUGCCAGAUGUGUAAACGCGCUUGGUUCUCGGAUCGACCAGUUUGCUGGCGACUAUGCUGACAACCUCGUUGUGCACCCGCUCUGUCUGCGCCGCGCGCUCUUUCUCGCCGACUUGCAUCUCGCCCUUUUUCAAAAUCUCGAGGAUGAUGUCGUCUGUGGACUUGCCCUUGCCAAAGGCCUUGUCGAGAUCCUCACGAGGCGCCGUUUGGCCCUUGGACACGUUGAGGAAGACGUUUGGGAUCUGGAGAACAUUAUCGAGAUCUGUCUCGAUACCGGAUCGCCACUCGAGGACCUUGUUCUUGUAGCAGGCGAGCUCGAAGCGCUUCUUUCCCUUCUUGAGGCGUACGAGGGAGACGUUUGUGAGCCUGAUUUGGUUGGAUGGUUGUUGGAUCAGGCGAGACAUGGUAGGCGAUUUAUUUAUGAGAUGGAAGAACUUAGAAGGGAAACAGAGGACGCUGCGAUGAGUUGCUGAGCCUUGAGUAGAAAUGAGGUAGUUAAUAAAGACAGUAGGCACUUUCACCUUCUAGAUUUACCAGAACUUUUUUCUGGAC